AUUUUUUUUUUAUGUAUCUUGAAGAAUAGAUGGUUUUAUGCAUAGAACUAGUAGUUUCUAGUAUCAGUUAGAGUCAAGUUUCAAUGUAAUUUGAGAUCUAUUUAAACAUACAUUAUACAAGAGCUAAAUCUGCCUAUUGCAGGUCUUUCUUUAGGCCUGGAAUGUUAUACAAACUAUUAAUUAGACAUUAAUUAACAAACAAGACCAUAAUCAACUCUCGAUGUCAUCGCUAGCCUGCGAUAUUUACUGGAUUAGGAUCCGAUUUGCUGCUCAACUUUCAUUCAUGAUUUAAUCAUUAAAUGGAUAAUCGAGACUAUUUUUUUUAUCGUACCGACUUUAGUAAUGAUGAUCGAGGCUAGGCCCAAAAUUCAAUCACUAAAUUCUCAGUUCAGGGUGGAUCAAUUUGAAUGAAAUUUUCAGCAAAUUGCCUUUACAGUAUCUAGUUUUUAACUUUUUAACUGUCAGCUCUUUAUUUAAUCUUACCUAAUGUAUCUUUAAAUGCAGCUUGAGAACUAUUUAAUGAACUAUUUAAUGAAAUGUUUUAUGAAAUUUUAGGCCUACUAAUGUAUGUUUCCGCGCGUAGCCUAAUUGUAAGCAGCAUCAACUAUUAUAAACUCUUACUACGAUAAGAGAGGGGGAGGGUGGCCGAAUGGUUAUUGCGAUCUUGUUGGGUCAUAAGGUCUGUCAUUGAGUUAAGUGAUGUGGUUUCUAUUCCCCACUUGUGGGGGGUUGGAUGGCUGAGUGGUUAGCGUGCGCGCGCUGUAUCAUAAAGUCUGUCAUUGAGUCGACUGGCGUGGUUUCGAAUCCCCGGUUGUACGUGACAAGGAGUAGGGUCGCCUGUCCAACCUCGUGGGUUUUCUCCGGGUCCUCCGGUUUCCUCCCACUGCUAAAGACCCCUACGCGCAAGCGAAUUAUGUAAAUAAAAUUAAACCAUAUGUUAGUCCCGAAAUGACCUAGUUUGUGUCGAGUGGACGUUAAACCCCAUUUCUCUCUCUCUCUCUUUCCCCACUUGUAGGGCCGCCUAGUCAACCGUCUGGGUGCUUUGCUCUCCCUCCACCGCUAAAGACACCUAGAUGCAAGCGAAGUAUCUGCCAUCAGAGGCGAAGGGGUGUUGGAUAGCCGAACGGUUAGCGCGUGCAUGCUAUUUCAUAAGUUCAAGUGGUGUGGUUUUGAUUCCCUGGUUGUAUGUGACAAGGAGUAGGGUCGCCUGUCCAACCUCGUGGGUUUCUCCGGGUCCUCCGGUUUCCUCCCAGUGCUAAAGACACCCACGCGCAAUCAAAUUAUUGAAAUAAAUUUGAACCAUAUGAUAGUCCCGAAAUGACCUAGUUUGUGUCGAGUGGAUGUUAAACCACAUAUCUCUUUAUCUGUCCACCAUCAGAUGUGACCAUCCAUUCCUGGGGAUCACGGUGGCGAAGUGGGUAAGACGCUGGCUCACUAGCCUGGAGGUCGGGUGUUCGAUCCCUGCAUUGGCCGAGAAAGUUCCCCCUUGUCAGUGAUCCACCCACUUCCAUUCUUAUCUCUCGUUUGAUAAAUUAUUAAAAUUUGAGCGCCAAUGUCGGACAAAAUUUUGGAACAGAUGAAAUAAUUCUGCAAACUGCUGUUGAAAAAUUUCUGAAUUUUGAUAGUCAACUUGUACAAUUAUAUUAUCUUAAGAAGAAUUCAAACGUAUUUUUCAUGUUUUUAUUAAAAUCUCUUAUCAUCUAAAUAGUAUGCUCCAAUACAGUAAAGGUCUGUCCGUCUUCAUUAGCCCAGUUGGUGCAGAGAAGUCGGUCGCUGUUGUUUGUAUUUCAGAGGAGAGCGAAAAAAAGCUCCCCACAAUCAACAAAAAAUCGCUCCCCUCAAAAAACUCUCCCAGUUUUGAUAAGAAGAAUGAUUUAGAAAAAAAGGAGAGUGAUCUGAUAUUAAGGAGAGUGAUUAGUUGUGUGCAUGGGAAAUGGUUCUAAGAUCAAUAACUGCAUGUAAUUGGGAGGGAAAAAAAACUCCCCUCGGUCAACAGGUGCUCGAGAGUGAUCGCUCGCCUUAAAAAACAAUGACAGAGAAGUAGGUCAUUGACUAGAUUAUCUGGGCUUUUACAAAGUCUAAGGGAGGUAACUAGCCCUAAAACAAGAUGUUGAUGCCCUAUGAAAUUAAUUUAAGAAUUGCCAUUUCAGAAAAUUAAUUUGCAUUGCCAGUUCAAUAUCAAACACACUUAAUUUUUUUAUUGUAAAAUUUCUGUCUUCGUGGACCAUAUCUAUGUUUUUUAAUUAAUCCUAAUUCAUCAUCACGGUUCCUGUUUGUUUAUAAUAACGCAUGAAUUAUGGGAUUUAUUUUGGGAAAGGGGGGUUGGAUGGCCGAAUUGUUAGCACGCUUGCGCUGUAUCACGAGGCCUGUCAUUGAGUCAACUGGCGUGGUUUCGAAUCCCCGGUUGUACGUGACAAGGAGUAGGGUCGCCUGUCCAACCUCGUAGGUUUUCUCCGGGUCCUCCGGUUUCCUCCCACUGCUAAAGACCCCUACGCGCAAGUGAAUUAUGGAAAUAAAAUUGAACCAUAUGUUAGUCCCGAAAUGACCUAAUCUGUCGAGUGGAUGUUGAACCCCAUUUCUCCCUCUCUCUCUAUUUUGGGAAGGGGUGCAACUCUUAUUUGAAAUUUACUGGAUAAUCAUCCACAUGUUGACAACAGACCCAGACCCUCCAUAAGAUGAAGACUAGGAGGUUCUGGGUGACUGAGACUACGGUUCCUAACCUUUUCUCAUCCUUUUUACCCCCAGCAACUUUUAAAAAUAUAAAUACACCACUCCCCCCUUUCCUGUUUUGUUCAGUUAUUUGAGUUCACAAUUAUACAUGUACAGUAAUAGAGGACAACGACAAGAGAGAAAUUUUAAGAUACCAUUUUUAAAAAUUAUUUUAAAUACAAUAACAGAUCCCCUAGGCAGAUGAAAUUGAUUCCCAACUGGGCAGAUGAAAUUGAUCCCCUAGGCAGAUAAAAUUGAUUCCCAACUGGGCAGAUGAAAUUGAUCCCCUAGGAAGGUGAAAUUGAUUUCCAACUGGGCAAAUGAAAUUGAUCCCCUAGGAAGGUGAAAUUGCUUCCCAACUGGGCAGAUGAAAUUGAUCCCCAAGGAAGGUGAAAUUGCUUCCCCUAGGCAGAUGAAAUUGAUCGCCAUGGCAGAUGAAAUUGAUUCCCCUAGAAUGGUGAAAAUGAUCCCGCUAGACAGGUGAAAUUGAAUCCUCUACGAAGAUGAAAUUGAUUCCUCUCGGCAGAUGAAAUUGAUCCCCUUAUGUAUAUGUAUAGUCAGUUGAUGCUGCUUGGUAUGAAUUGAUAUUAAUUCUAUAACAUUUUUUUAAUUGGUUCUGGUUGCUACUUUCAAUUUAGCUUUUAUUGCUCUAACACUUUUCUUGGCUCUCAUGCUUCUUUCUACGCCUUCGUUUCUACCACCUUAUAUGGAUGCUAACAGAGUUUAGUCAAACAGAGUAGUAUGGAUGACCCGUUUGAAAAUGGUUCUGAUCGGGACGAUGAUCUGAUGAGGGACGUUGAUUCUAUGAAGCCCGACAGUGAUGAUGAGAUUCCUCCCACACCACCACGACCUUCGACCCCAUCUUUCUUACAUAAAGCAUUACCAUGGAAACCUAAAGUCAGGUUAAAGGAUCUCGAGAUGUUUCUGGACAAUACAAGAAGUAAAUUUGUCGGAUUUCAAGUUAAAAAUGAUAGUAACUCUUUAGCUGGUUUACCUCAACCCAUCCAUGAAGGUGUUAAAGUUCUCAAACAGCAUUUAUAUAUAUCACUAUCAGAACUGCAGAUCAAAAGAGAAGAGGAGAUUGCUAAAAAUCCACUAUCACGGCCAGAAUCUGAUGUACCAAGUACCCCAGCAGAGUUAUUAUACCAGGCCAUGCUACCCAAUUUACCACAAUAUAUGAUAGCCCUAUUAAAGCUACUUUUGGCCGCUGCACCUACAUCAAAAGCUAAAACAGAAUCUAUAAAUAUCCUGGCUGAUGUUCUACCUGAAGAAAUGCCAACAACAGUUUUACAGUCGAUGAAAUUAGGUAUUGAUGUGAAUAGACAUAAAGAAGUUAUAGUGAAAGCAAUCAGUGCAUUGUUGUUAUUAUUACUCAAACAUUAUAAACUAAACCAUAUAUACCAGUUUGAGUUUAUGAGUCAACAUCUGGUCUUCGCUAAUUGUAUCCCACUUGUACUGAAAUUCUUCAAUCAGAAUAUCUUAUCUUAUGUUAGUGCUAAAAAUAGUAUACCAGUUCUAGACUUUCCUAGCUGUGUUAUAGGAGAUCAACCAGAACUGACAGCAGAAACAAUGGAAAAUGGUGAUAAUCAAGGUUAUUGCUGGAGAAAUUUAUUCUCAUGUAUUAAUUUAUUACGAAUAUUAAAUAAAUUAACCAAAUGGAAACAUUCAAGAACUAUGAUGUUGGUUGUAUUUAAGUCAGCACCGAUAUUAAAACGGGCGUUAAAAGUGAAACAUUCGAUGAUGCAGCUGUAUAUAUUAAAACUAUUGAAGAUGCAGACUAAGUACCUCGGUCGUCAGUGGCGUAAGAGUAACAUGAAAACGAUGUCUGCUAUUUACCAGAAGGUUCGACAUCGUCUUGGUGAUGAUUGGGCGUAUGGAAAUGAUAUGGAUGCGAGACCGUGGGAUUUCCAAGCUGAGGAAUGUGCGUUGAGAGCUUGUGUUGAUAGAUUUAACAAUCGUAGAUACGGAUCAAACGGAACGGACCCAGAAUUUAAACCCGUCGACAAUUGUUUACAGAGUAUUCUGGGAUUAAAGAUUGAACUUCAAGAUGAAUUUAUAUAUAAUUAUGAACGAUGGUUAGAAAUGGAAGUUUUUUCACAUCAGAUUGACUGGAAUCAAGUUCUUGUUCAUUAAUCUAGCAGUCUGGUAGAUCCAACCUACUUGUGUACUGUUAUAUAGCAGGCUGGUAGAUCCAACCUACUAACCCUUGUGUGCAUGUGUCUAGCAGUCUGGUAGAUCCAACCUACAAACCCUUGUGUACUGGUAUAUAGCAGUCUGGUAGAUCCAACCUACAUGUACUACCCUUAUGUACUGGUAUAUAGCAGUCUGGUAGAUCCGACUUACAAACCUUUGUGUACUGGUAUCUAGCAGUCUGGUAGAUCCAACCUACUAACCCUUGUGUACUGUAAUAUAGCAGUCUGGUAGAUCCAACCUAAUUGUGUAUUGUUAUAUAGCUAUCUUUGGGGGCGCUCGAUUGUCAGUCCAGAACGUCCAGAAUUGCAAUCAAGUGAUAUGGAAUUCUUUCAGUCCCAACACCUAAGGUGGUGUGAGUAGAAUCGUGACAUAUUUUAAGUAACAAAUAUGUUUCAGCUGUCAUGAUUGGUUGAAAUCAUUUUUAUCUUAUCAGCACAUGCGUUGUACUCCGAAAUUCUCCUUUUCACUCGCUUGGCACUAUUUUUGGAAUUGAGAGAAUUUAUUUCUGGAACGUUCAAUCGUGUAUCUCCCAGAACCAGCAGUAGAUACAAUAAAGGUAGAGUCCAAAGCUAUUUGAAAUGGCAUUGUCGUGAAAACUAAUUCCAAACAGUGGAAUUUUCACAGUAAUUUAUCAACUAAUAUUCCAGAAAAUAUGUAGGUUUUAUACAUUUAAUGUCUAGAUAUCUGAAAAUGUAGCAAAUUCGGUCCACAAUGUGAUCAUUAGAAUUGUAUCUGAUAUUUAGAGAGCAGUGGAAGCUUGUAAAUCAUAAUAAUGAUAUCACCAUAUGAUAUGACUACAGCCUGGAAGGUUUUGAUUGACGUGAAAUAUUCAAGUGGAUGUCCGUUAUUAACAAUUGUAUAGUCAGGUUAUCACCUUAGUUCCUCCAACCGUGUCAAGGAGUAGGGUCGCCUGUCCAACCUCGUGGGUUUUCUCCGGGGCCCUCGGUUUCCUCCCACUGCUAAAGACCCCUACGUGCAAUGGAUCUAUAUGUCACUAUGUCUCUAUCGUCAUUUUGGCGUAUAUACAUACACAUUGAGCUACAUACACAACAGAGAAAUUCAACACCUCGUUUGACGUCAAUUUUUAUUAUGAAUUAAUACAAUGACUUUGUGAUUCAAUUUCAUGGAUGCAAAGCAUUAAUUGUGAUAUCACAUAAUGUCUAUAUCAUUAUCUCGUGCUUUGAGUGCCCAUCCUGUCCCAAAUCUGACGAUAAAGGAUAAAGCACACGGCCGAGAAACCUUUCUUAUAAAAAGUGUUGACCCCCCAAACCCCCCCUCUGGAUCCGCCCCUGAUUAAAGUAACUAAGUCUCUAACUCGAUAUCAUCCAAAAUCUUCGACAUUGAAAACACAAAUUAUUUGUCAAUUUAAAUCAACAUUGAUGUUGUGAUCUUACCGGGAAAAGAUGGGCUUCUGAUAUCCAAUAUUUAAGACAAAAUAAACAUUUUGCCAUUGGUACACGAAUCGUGUACCACAAUGCGUUUCAGCGCCAUUUGUAACAAUGGACUCGAAGAACGAGGCUAGACAUAUCAUAUGCCAUGUCAAAUGGUGACACCAUAUCUUAUCUGGAGAGCAUGCACAAUAAAUACUAUCGGUGUAGAUUGGAAUAACCAGACCCUAGACAUUGCCAUUCGAUUGAGACUUCUGGCGUAUUUCGCGGAACAUAACAGAUUUGAAAUUAGAGUAUGAACGGAAUGAUUGAAUGUAAAUCAGUUUAUAUACAUCCAUAUUACAUUAUUAUAGGUCCAAAAUAUUAGUGAUUUAGCCCCUGUAAAGUCUGAUGUAAAUAAAAACAUU